UUUCGAACUCCAAACGUUGAAAGUUCGUUGUAUCUUAAGUCUUAACGAGCCACCAAACGGCCAAACAUUGCGCGCUGACCACCAUUCUCGCUCACAAACUCUCAGAACUCCAGUUCCACGCUCACGCCCAAAACGCUAACCAUAUCAAUUAAUAAAACUGGACGCAACCGCCAAAUAUUUAGAUCCGCCAAAUUUUUUGUUCAGCUUCUCGGAUCUUUCACCAUGUGGCGUUCUCUCUGGCGAUCUAUCGAUCGCUUCUCUCUUCAACACUUCAAAUAUGUGAUUAAUGAACUGCGAGGGAUCAAAAUUGUGGAUAAGCAUAACAGUGAGUUAGUUGUAGAUCUUCUGCAGUCUAUAGCAGAAAUAGUUACAUAUGGUGAUAGACAAGAUCCACUAAUUUUUGAAUGUUUUAUGGAAUACCAAGUUUUGGCGGAGUUUGUUCGAGUGCUAAAGAUAAGCAGAAAUUCAAGAAUAGAGGCACCAUUACUUCAGUAUCUUAGUAUAAUGAUUCAAAACAUGGAUAGUGAACAUGCAAUUUACUAUUGUUUGAGCAAUGGCUACAUCAACAGCAUUAUAGCACAUCAAUAUAAUUUUGAUGGGGGAGAUCUGGCUCCAUAUUAUAUAUCAUUCCUAAGAGCAGUGAGCAGCAAAAUAAACAGAGAUACACUUUGUCUUCUUGUAAGGGUUCACGCGGAUGUUGUAGUCUCUUUUCCCCUAUAUAGUGAGGCGCUUAAAUUUGCUCAGCAUGGGGAAAAGAUGAUUCAGACGGCUGUACGUGCAUUAACACUGAACAUAUACAAUGUUAGUGAUGAUAUGGUUUAUCAGUUUGUUUCAAUUCCUCCUGCUUCGAAGUACUUUUCAGACUUGGUUCAUAGCUUAAAAGAGCAAUGUGUUCAUCUAGAUAGCCUUGUGCUUGCUACAGAGGGUGCAUGCACUGAUCAAAUAAGAAAGGAACUACUUCUGGAAACUGAUAAAAUUGUUGAUGAUUUGUACUACUUUAAGGAUAUUCUUUCUGUUGGUGAAUCUCGUUUGAGUGAAGUGGUUACCCAGAAUCUUCUCAACUUGUUUGUAUUUCCCAUAUUGCUUCCGCUACUUAAAUUGAGGAGGAAUGAUGGUUCAAAUCUAUCUGCCAUCACUUCUCUGUACAUAGUUUCUCGUCUUCUUCAAGUUGUUGGUGGAAAAACUAUAGUUAAUGCUGUGGCUGAAAUUGUUCUAUACCCUUUUAUGUCAAGUUUAAGAUAUGCUAGUGAAGGCGAUGCAAACAAUUUGUUUUUCAACCAUUUGAAUAAUGUGGAGAAAUUGGGGUGUUCGGACUCUGAGUCUGAAGGAGGGGAAAUCAUCAAUGGGCAUCUUAUUGGCAAGCCUGUAUCAUCCCAUUCUCCUUCCAUAAACUGCUCUGUGGAUGACAGUCUAUGUCGAGAAAGGGGUGGAAUACUGGCAUUUAUUUUGUCUGAAAAUCACUGUCUUUUGCUAGCAUCUCUAUUUUUAUUGUUUACUUUAGCAGGAAGUAAAGAUGUUGAGCAAAUACUGGCCUCAAUGAUCGGACUAAGUGGCAUGCAGUGUGGGAUGGAUCAUGACAUCUCAGCUUCACAAGUAGUUGAUAAAAUUAUCUUUGUAAAGUUUAUGCCACAGAUUUUAAAUUCGUUAUUGAAGGUUUUAGCAAGUGAACCACUAAUCCCUGUACAAAUACAAUGGCAUACCGUGUGGUUCUUGCAGAAGCUACUAGUUUUACAAGGAAAGAAGCUUGAUGAUCAGAAUUUGCAAAUUUUCAAUACCUCAUAUGAGCAGUCCAGUGAACGUUUUAAGAAAGAACUUGAUGGAUGCUGGUUUGAUUAUAUCCUGGACACUUUGAGAAAUGAAUGGACAAGCUGUAAAGCAGCUCUUGAGAAACCAUCUCAAUCCAAAGAUCCCUUUUUCAUACUAGAACUUGCUGUCUGCCAGAAAAUUACGGACGAUGCAACAUCAGCUUAUUUUUCUUGGCAGAGAAUGGUUGACACAGUGAAGGUUUUUAUUCUCCAUCUUCAGUUGAAAGCUUUUAUUUGCAAAGGAGAGUUGCUUGAAAAACCCUUGUUAGCUCCUCUAAGCAGUCCUGCUGGUUCUGGAAGAACCCAUGCUUCAGAUCUUUCAAGUGCAAGCUUUGGGUCAGAGAUUUCCUUAGGAUCUGGGAUCCCUUGUAGGAUUGCCUUUUCAAAUGCUGGAAUAAGGGAUAUUUACAUGAUACCUUUGGCGCGAGGAACAUCUGGGAAAUUGCUUCUUGUGGAGAAACAUCCCUUCCGCAGUCAACAGGGAGUUAUAAUUGCCAUAACUCCAUUGGCGGGGUUGAGUCCCAAGAUAGAUGAGGAUCAUCCCACAUGGUUGCAUCUCAGGAUAAGAGAGUUUGACCCAAGAUUAAAUGCAAGUAAAACCAAAGGCUAUAAUGCAAAAGGGUUGAAUCAUGCAGCAGAGGGAAGAUGGACCCUUGGUUUUCCAAAUGCAAAAGCUUGUGAGGCUGCUCGAUUGUCCAUACUCGAGGAAAUUAAUAAGCAGAAAUCUUCUGUCAGGAGCACACUUGCUCCACUGCUUCAAGACAAUUCAGAUGGUAGCGAUGAGGGAAGCUGUAGGUAAGUUAAACAAAAGAUCUAAUUUCUUUUUUUCUUUGAAAAUUUUGUUGCUGUAGCAUAGAUAGGAUAUACCUCUGCGGCAUAGUAAGCUUGGUGAAAUGUUGUCCUUCAAAGAUGUUAUUUGUUUCUCAUGUAUUGUUUUUGGAAUGUGUAAUAAUUAGCACUAGAGAGUUUAAUUAUUUUGUAUAGAACAUGCAACAGAAAAUGAGUAUAAAUCAAAACAUAACUUUCUUUUAUCAUUUAAAA